GACGCAUUUAAAUUUCUUGAACGUGUAGUAGUCUGAAUCUUUACUUUUCUUCACAUUUGAUUAUUCAACAAUGUCAAAACAGGGGUUUGAAUUCAAGCUAUAAGAAGCGAAUAAGCGAUGAGAAAACUCAAAGAGAAACACAUUUUGAGAGAAAGAAAGAGAAAGGUAGAAGAUGAAGUUACAGGAGGGUGUGUCCUUGGUGGCUAUUUUCUUCUCCCUUGCAUAUACGCAGCUGGUUAAGGGGCAACAUCAACCUCGCGAUGAUUGCCAGACUAAAUGUGGCAACAUCAAAAUCGAGUACCCUUUUGGCAUUGCUUCUGGUUGUUACUAUCCCGGAGAUGAUAGUUUCAAUCUCACCUGCGACGAGAAAGAGAAGCUCUUCAUAGGCAUCAACGUCGAAGUGGUGAACUUUAAUGACAGCGCCCAGCUAAGUGUUCUGUUCUACCGAUUUUCUGAAUGCAUCGACGAGCAGAGUAAUGAGACUAAUGGAACUGCCCUCGAGUAUCAGCUGGGUGGUAGUUUCUCUUUCUCCUCCAAGAACAAGUUUACUUUAGUAGGCUGUAACGCUUUAGCACUUCUGAACACUUUUGGGAAGCAAAACUACUCAACUGGAUGCUUGUCAUUAUGCGAUUCUCAACCAGAGGCAAAUGAAAUACGUAAUGGUGUAGGUUUCUGCCAAACAGACGUCUUUGAUGGCUAUAAAGUCCAAUUUGGCUCAGCUCGCUUAGCAAACCAAAUUAAUCAUUCCCUAGUUUAUACUUCGGUAUAUCAAUUUAAUCCUUGCACCUACGCUUUUCUCGUUGAAGAUGGUAAGUUUGACUUCUCUGCUACGGAAGAUCUUAGGGAUCUGCGGAAUGUCACGGAUUUCCCUGUGGCACUGGAUUGGUCUAUUGGAAACCAGACAUGCGAGCAAGCUGGAAGCACAAGCAUAUGUGGUGGGAACAGCACAUGUUUUGAUUCUACUACUAGGCCCGGAUAUGUCUGCAAAUGUAAAGGCGGUUACCAUGGGAACCCCUACCAUCCAGACGGUUGCCAAGACAUCGAUGAGUGUAUUAUUGAUACACAUAACUGUUCGGAUCCCAAAACCUGUAAAAACAAGGAUGGAGGCUUCGAUUGUAAGUGUCCAUCUGGUUACAACUUAAUUACCACUAUACACUCCACUAUGAAGUGCACGAGGCCCGAAUACAUUAGACGGACUCAAAGUUUUCUUGUAACCACCAUCGGCUUCUUGGUCCUCCUGCUUGCCGUUAUCAGUACACAACACGCAACAAAGCACCGGAAGGAUGCCAAGCUCCGACGACAAUUCUUUGAGCAAAAUGGCGGCGGCAUGUUGAUACAGCAAAUCUCAAGAGUAGGGUCAUCAAACAUUGAUUUCAAAAUAUUUACUGAGGAAAGCAUGAAGGAGGCAACUAAUGGUUAUGAUGAGAGCAGAAUCUUGGGUCAGGGAGGCCAAGGAACAGUCUACAAAGGGAUAUUGCCAGAUAAUUCCACAGUUGCUAUAAAGAAAGCUCGGCUUGGAGACCGCAGCCAAGUAGACCAAUUCGUCCACGAAAUGAUCGUGCUUUCACAAAUUAACCACAGGAACGUGGUCAAGCUCUUGGGUUGCUGUCUAGAGACUGAAUUCCCCUUGUUGGUCUAUGAAUUCAUUACCAGUGGCACCCUUUUCGAUCACUUGCACGGUUCCAUGUUUGAUUCUUCUCUUACAUGGGAACACCGCCUAAGGAUAGCGAUAGAAGUCGCUGGAACUCUAGCAUAUCUUCACUCUGCUGCUUCUGUUCCAAUCAUCCACCGAGAUGUCAAGACUGCUAAUAUUCUCCUGGAUGAAAACUUAACUGCAAAAGUAGCUGACUUUGGCGCUUCUAAGCUGAUACCAAUGGAUAAAGAGCAGCUAACAACUAUGGUGCAAGGCACUCUCGGCUAUUUAGACCCAGAAUACUAUACCACAGGGCUUCUGAACGAAAAAAGUGAUGUUUAUAGCUUUGGGGUAGUCCUCAUGGAACUGCUAUCAGGUGAAAAGGCAUUGUGCUUUGAAAGGCCAGAGACUUCAAAACAUCUGGUGAGUUACUUUGCCUCUGCCACGAAAGAGAAUAGGUUGCAUGAGAUUAUUGAUGGCCAAGUGAUGAACGAGGAUAAUGAGAGGGAGAUCCAGAAAGCUGCAAGAAUUGCUGCUGAGUGUACAAGAAUAAUGGGAGAGGAAAGGCCAAGGAUGAAAGAAGUAGCUGUAGAGCUAGAAUCUUUGAGCGUCAAAACAACCAAACAUAAGUGGUCGGAUCAGAAUCUUGAGGAGAAUGAACACUUGCUAGGUGGUCACAUCGUGUCUGCACAAGGCCAUACCAGUAGCCGUGGUUAUGACAGCAUCAAGAAUGUAGCAAGCUUUGACAUUGAAGCUGGCCGCUGAUAAAAUCACAUGUAUAUAUAUCUUUGUUUGUGAAAAGUAUUGUUAUUUCUUUA